UUAACCAAAAUUUUCCUCCCCAAAAUUUUGACUUUACAAAAUAAAGGUGGACGUUCUUUAUCCUCCAAUAUGAAACAUGCAUUUACAGAAUUAUUUCUUACAUCGUUUUAGAUGAUUCAAUACUUUUACCCUUCCAUGUAAAAUCAUUAGAGAUAUAACACCCUCUCUCUAUCACUUCUUACGUACACAGAAGCUCAACGCAGACACACUCACAUAAAUAUAUACAAAGACUAUAGAGUCGUACAUAUAUAGAUACAGCUGAUAUAGAAGCAAGAUGGGGAACUCAUUGGUAUGUUUCUCCCCACACAAGGAGGUGAUGAACUUACAAAGACAGAACUCCAAGAAACCGCCACUGUCGAGCCGUUCGACGAAGAAGCAGAGGCAGAAAAAUCAUGAUCACGAUCAUGAUCAUCAGAGCGUGACCGGAGAUGAGGAUGACUUGGCCCUUAAGCAACAGGCGUUGGCGGCGGCUCUGCUGUUCCGGGAAUACCAGAAGAACGGCAAUUCGGAGCCGUAUAUGAGCCGGUCGACCUCCGUCGUUUAUCCCUCUCCUGCGGGGAAGAAGCAGCCCUUUCCCAGGAGCUCCAGUACUUCUCGCCAACGCUUCGCUUCUGACAAGACGUCUGUUCUUCACCCUCGAGAGCUUGUCACUUCUCUGGAUCCAAAGAGCACUGAGGGCCUAGAAACCAAUCAUUUUAUUCUUGUUCAUGGAGGUGGAUUUGGUGCUUGGUGUUGGUAUAAAACUAUGACACUGUUGUUGGAAAGAGGCUUUAGAGUUGAUGCGGUGGACUUAACAGGUUCUGGAGUCCAUUCUUCUGAUACAAAUAGCAUCACAAGUCUUGCACAAUAUGUGAAGCCACUAACUGACAUCCUUGAGAAACUAGAGGAUGGGAAGAAGGUAAUUCUGGUGGGACAUGAUUUUGGUGGCGCCUGUAUAUCAUAUGCGAUGGAGUUAUUUCCAACCAGAAUUGCAAAAGCCAUUUUUGUUGCUGCAACAAUGUUGGCCAGUGGGCAGAGCACCCUCGAUUUGUUUUCUAGACAGAUAGGGCCAAAUGAUCUGAUGCAGCAGGCACAGAUAUUUUUGUUUGCUAAUGGGAAAGAUCAUCUCCCCACAGCCAUUGAUCACAACAAAGAAUUGGUCAAAGAUCUAUUCUUCAAUCAAAGUCCGUCUAAGGAUGUUGCCUUGGCAUCGGUAUCAAUGAGGCCUAUCCCUUUUGCACCGGUUAUGGAGAAGCUCUCUCUUUCUGAUGCCAACUAUGGCUCCGUUCGGCGUUUCUACAUAGUAACAUCAGAAGAUCAUGCCAUAACCGCUGCUUUACAAGAGACUAUGAUCGAUUCGAAUCCUCCUGAGCAAUUUUUUCGAAUUAAGGGCUCCGAUCAUUCACCUUUUUUCUCGAGGCCUCAGGCUUUACAUAAGAUAUUAGUCGACAUUGCUCAGAUUACAACAAAGUAAAGAAUUUGGCUCCAAAUUACACCACAAAGCUUGGAAGGCUACACAUUUCUGAUGCAUCAUAGGCUGCAAUGUUACAAUUGAGAAAGCAGCAUCAUGAAGAAAUGUUUGAGGCAUUAAAGAUAGGCUAAGCAAUGAGUAAUCAUGCACUAAAAAGAAAGAAAAAUAAUGCAGCUGUACAAGUACUUUGUUUUUGGAAUUUUGUAAAUACUGGAAAGGAAGUUUGGUGCAGACAAGCAUCAACUUUGUAUGUUUUUUUAAUUAAUUAUAUUAUUUUAAUUUUUAGGGCUUUGGAACCUUU